GAAUCCCUUUUCCACCCAUUUUCCUGCAAACCAGAGAGGGCCACAUACAAGAGCUAUAUAAACAGAUCAGACAUCCGCACCUUGACCAAAUGAAUAAGAGAUGUGAGGAAGCAAUCACAGAAGCUGAAUACUCAUCGAGAGCCCUUGGAAGGGUUCCAAACCGAGGGGAAGGGAGGCAGAAAGGAAAGGCCGGACCUCUGCGUCUGAAAGGCCAACUUGGAGUGGGCGGGUCUGGAAGUGGAAGGUAAAAAGGGAGUGGUGAGAAUGAGUGUGGGAAGAAAGCCAGAAAGAGCGCAGUGUUCCAUCCCGGCCAGGGGCGACAGGGUGGCUGGACGCUAGCCGGCUCUCCGGGAUCCCAUCUGCCUUUUGACACUGCUUUAAACUCCAUCCAUCUGUGGGUUUUGCAGACAGAGCCUCUGGGGAGAAGAACCACAGGGAGAGAGGAAGAAAGUGAGAGAGCAAAGAGAGAGAGAGAGACUCGCUUACUCGCUUACUCUCUUUUUUAAUAAGGAGCUCGUGGGACAGCCUUGAUUUGGCACAUCUGGAAACUGCAGACUGAGAGAAAAUAAAAUAAGCGAGGCCCCGCUGCGCCGCGGGCGUGGGCGCCGAAGACGACCAGCAGUUCCUGGAAGACCCCGGUUGGAUGUGAACACAGAGAUGACUCUGAGCUCAGCCUGGCGCUCGGUCUUGCCUCUGUGGCUCCUCUGGGGCGCCGUCGGCUCCAGAGCGGCGUCCGGAGAGGACAACGCUUUUCCUUUUGACAUUGAAGGGAGCUCAGCGGUCGGCAGGCAAGACCAGCCUGAGACGAGCGAGCCCCGCGCGGCCCCAGGAUGGCUGCCGCCUGCUGCUGAGAAAUGUGGAGCUGGAUUCUUUCACUCCCCGUCAGGAGAAUGUUUGCCAUGUGACUGUAAUGGCAAUUCCAACAGCUGCUUAGACGGCUCUGGAUUCUGUGUGCACUGCCAGCGGAACACGACAGGAGAGCACUGUGAAAAAUGUCUGGAUGGUUACAUUGGAGAUUCCAUAAGGGGAGCACCCCAAUUCUGCCAACCAUGCCCCUGCCCCCUGCCCCAUGUUGCCAAUUUUGCAGAUUCCUGCUAUAGAAAAAAUGGAGCUGUUCGGUGUAUUUGUAAAGAAAACUAUGCUGGACCCAAUUGUGAAAGAUGUGCUCCUGGUUACUAUGGAAACCCCUUACUGAUUGGAAGCAUCUGUAAGAAAUGCGACUGCAGUGGGAAUUCAGAUCCCAACCUGAUCUUUGAAGAUUGUGAUGAAGUCACUGGCCAGUGUAGGAAUUGCCUACGUAACACCACCGGAUUCAAGUGUGAACACUGUGCCCCUGGCUACUAUGGGGAUGCCAGGGUAGCCAAGAACUGUGCAGAAUGCAAUUGUGGGGGAGGCCCAUGUGACAGUGUAACCGGAGAAUGCUUAGAAGAAAAUUUUGAACCCCCUACAGGCAUGGACUGCCCAACCAUAAGCUGUGAUAAGUGCAUCUGGGAUCUGAUGGACGACCUGCGGUUGGCAGCUCUCUCAAUUGAAGAAAGCAAAUCCGGUUUAUUGAGUGUAUCAUCAGGUGCUGCUGCACAGAGACAUGUCAGUGAAAUCAACUCCACCAUCUACCUCCUCAAAACAAAAUUGUCGGAAAGAAAAAACCAGUAUGUGCUAAGGAAGAUACAGAUCAACAAUGCUGAGAACACAAUGAAGAGUCUUCUCUCCAACAUGGAGGAAUUAGCUGAAAAGGAGAAUCAAGCCUCAAGAAAGGACAAACUGGUCCAGAAAGAAACCAUGGAUACCAUUAACCAUGCAACUCAGCUUGUCGAACAGGCCCACAAUAUGAGGGACAAAAUCCAAGAGGUCAACAACAAGAUGCUCUAUUAUGGGGAGGAGCAGGCACUUAGCCCAGAAGAAAUCUCUGAGAAGCUGGUGUUGGCACAGGUGAUGCUUCGGGAGAUCAGAGGCCGUCAACCAUUCCUUACCCAGCAUGAGCUUGUGGAUGAGGAGGCAGACGAAGCCCAUGAACUGCUGAGCCAGGCUGAAAGCUGGCAGAGGCUGCACAACGACACCCGCUCGCUGUUUCCUGUCAUCCUGGAGCAGCUGGACGACUACCAUGCUAAGUUGUCAGACCUCCAAGAAUCACUGGACCAGGCCCUUAAUCAUGUCAGGGAUGCUGAAGACAUGAACAGGGCCACCGUGGCCAGGCAGCGGGAUCACGAGAAGCAACACGAGAGACUGAGGGAGCAAAUGGAAGUAGUGAACACUUCUCUGCGGGCAUCUGAGGACUCUCUGACAGUGUCUCGUCUGACUCUUCCAGAACUUGAUGAUAUAAUAAUGAAUGCAUCGGGGAUUUAUGCAGAAAUAGAUGGAGCCAAAAAUGAACUACAAGGAAAACUAUCUAACCUGAGUAACCUCAGUCAUGGUUUAGUCCAAGAAGCUAUUGAUCAUGCAAAGAACCUUCAAGAAGAGGCUGAUGAAUUGAACAGGAGUUUGCACAGUUCAGAUACCAAUGGGCUGGUACAGAAGGCUGUGGAUGCAUCAAAUGUCUAUGAAAAUAUUGUCAAGUAUGUGAAUGAAGCCAAUGAAACAGCACAAUUAGCCCUAAACAUCUCCGACCGAAUAAACGAUGCUGUGAGUGGGAUUGAUACUCAAAUCAUUUACCAUAAAGAUGAAAGCGAGAACCUCCUGAAUGAAGCCAGAGAACUGCAAGCAAGGGCAGAUUCUAGCAAUGAAGAGGCAGUGGCUGACACCAGCCGGCGUGUGGGCGGAGCCCUGGCGAGGAAGGGCACCCUCAGAAACAGGCUCAGCGAUGUCAUUAAGCAACUACAGGCAGCAGAGAGAGAAGGUGAUGCUCAGCCGCGCCUGGGUCAGGCCUGGCAGAUCAUGGGAGAAGCCAACAAGACAACGGUGGAGGUCCAGCAGGCCAUCACCCCUAUGGCCAACAAUCUGACCAGCUGGUCCCAGAAUCUUCAAGAUUUUGACUCUUCUGCUUAUAACACUGCAGUGGACUCUGCUAGAGAUGCAGUGAGAAAUCUGACAGAGGUUGUCCCUCAGCUCCUGGAUCAGCUUCGAACGGUUGAGCAGAAGCGACCUGCAAGCAACGUUUCUGCCAGUAUCCAGAGGAUCAGAGAGCUCAUUGCUCAGACCAGAAGUGUGGCCAGCAAGAUUCAAGUCUCCAUGAUGUUUGAUGGCCAGUCAGCCGUUGAAGUCCACCCCAAAACCAGUGUGGAUGACUUAAAGGCCUUUACAUCCCUGAGCCUGUAUAUGAAACCUCCUAUGAAGAAGCCAGAACUGACUGGGACUGCUGAUCAGUUUAUCCUGUACCUUGGAAGCAAAAACGCCAAAAAAGAGUAUAUGGGUCUUGCCAUAAAAAACGAUAACCUGGUAUAUGUGUAUAAUUUGGGAACUAAGGAUGUGGAGAUUCCCCUUGACUCCAAGCCAGUCAGUUCCUGGCCUGCUCACUUCAGCAUCGUCAAGAUUGAAAGGGUCGGAAAACAUGGAAAGGUGUUUUUGACAGUCCCAAGCCUAAGUAGCACAGCAGAGGAGAAGUUCAUUAAAAAGGGAGAAUUUGCAGGAGAUGACUCCUUGCUGGAUCUGGACCCUGAGGAUACGGUGUUUUAUGUUGGUGGGGUGCCUUCAAACUUCAAGCUCCCAGCCAGCUUAAACCUGCCUGGCUUCUCUGGCUGCCUGGAGUUGGCCACUUUGAAUAAUGAUGUGAUCAGCUUGUACAACUUUAAACACAUCUAUAAUAUGGACCCCACUAAGGCAGUGCCAUGUGCCAGAGAUAAACUGGCCUUCACUCAGAGCCGGGCUGCCAGCUACUUCUUCGACGGCUCCAGCUAUGCCGUGGUGAGAGACAUCACAAGGAGAGGGAAGUUUGGUCAGGUGACUCGCUUUGACAUAGAAGUUCGAACACCAGCUGACAAUGGCCUUGUACUCCUGAUGGUCAAUGGAAGUAUGUUUUUCAGCCUGGAAAUGCGCAAUGGUUACCUACAUGUGUUUUAUGACUUUGGAUUCAGCAAUGGCCCUGUGCAUCUUGAAGACACAUUGAAGAAAGCUCAAAUUAAUGAUGCAAAAUACCAUGAGAUCUCAAUCAUUUACCACAAUGACAAGAAAAUGAUCUUAGUUGUUGACAGACGACAUGUCAAGAGCAUGGAUAAUGAAAAGAUGAAAAUACCUUUUACAGAUAUAUACAUUGGAGGGGCUCCACCAGAAAUCUUACAGUCCAGGACCCUGAGAGCACACCUUCCUCUAGAUGUCAACUUCAGGGGGUGUAUGAAGGGAUUCCAGUUCCAAAAGAAAGACUUCAAUUUAUUGGAGCAGACAGAAACCCUGGGAGUUGGGUAUGGGUGCCCAGAAGACUCUCUUAUAUCGCGCAGAGCCUAUUUCAACGGACAAAGUUUCAUUGCUUCAAGUCAAAAAAUAUCUUUCUUUGAUGGCUUUGAAGGAGGUUUUAACUUCCGAACAUUACAGCCAAAUGGGUUACUAUUCUAUUAUGCUUCAGGGUCAGACGUGUUCUCCAUUUCACUGGAUAACGGCACUGUGCUGAUGGAUGUAAAAGGCGUUAAAGUGCAGUCGGCAGAUAAGCAGUACAACGAUGGGCUGUCCCACUUCAUUAUUACCUCAGUCUCACCCACAAGAUAUGAACUGAUAGUAGAUAAAAGCAGACUUGGGAGUAAGAAUCCCACCAAAGGGAAAGUGGAACAGGCACAAGCAGAUGAAAAGAAGUUUUAUUUCGGUGGUUCACCUGUCACUCCCCAGUAUGCUAAUUUCACCGGCUGUAUAAGUAAUGCCUACUUUACCAGAUUGGAUAGAGAUGUGGAAGUCGAAGAUUUCCAGCAGUAUUCUGAAAAGGUCCACAUUUCUCUUUAUGAGUGUCCCAUUGAGUCUUCACCAUUGUUUCUCCUUCACAAAAAAGGAAAAAAUACAUCAAGGCCUAAAACAAGUCACAAUAAAAAGGGAGAGAAAAGUAAAGAUGCACCUUCAUGGGAUCCUGUUGGCCUGAAAUUCCUAGAGCGGAAUGUUCCAAGAGACUCUCAUUGUCACCUCUCCAACAGCCCUAGAGCAAUAGAGCAUGCUUUUCAGUAUGGAGGGACAGCCAACAGCCACCAAGAGUUUGAACACUUGAAAGGAGAUUUUGGUGAAAAAUCUCAGUUUUCCAUUCGUCUGAAAACACGUUCCUCCCAUGGGAUGAUUUUCUAUGUCUCUGAUCAAGAAGAGAAUGACUUCAUGACUCUAUUCUUGGCCCAUGGCCGCUUGGUUUUCAUGUUUAAUGUUGGCCACAAGAAACUGAAGAUUAGAAGCCAGGAGAAAUACAAUGAUGGAUUGUGGCAUGAUGUGAUAUUUAUUCGAGAAAAGAGUAGCGGCCGACUGAUAAUUGAUGGUCUUCGAAUCCUAGAAGAAAGUCUUCCUCCUGCUGGAGCUGCCUGGAAAAUCAAGGGUCCUAUUUAUUUGGGAGGUGUGGCUCCUGGAAGGGCUGUGAAAAAUGUCCAGAUUAACUCAGUCUACAGUUUCAGUGGCUGUCUCAGCAAUCUUCAGCUCAACGGGGCCUCCAUCACCUCUGCUUCUCAGACGUUUAGCGUCACCCCUUGUUUUGAAGGUCCGAUGGAAAUGGGAACAUACUUUUCAAGAGAAGGAGGAUAUGUGGUUCUAGAUGAAUCUUUCAAUAUUGGACUGAAGUUUGAGAUUGCAUUUGAAGUCCGUCCCAGAAGCAGUUCCGGAACCCUUGUCCAUGGCCACAGUGUCAAUGGGGAAUACCUAAAUGUUCACAUGAAAAAUGGACAGGUCAUAGUGAAAGUCAACAAUGGUGUCAGAGACUUUUCCACCUCAGUAACACCAAAGCAGAGUCUCUGUGAUGGCAGAUGGCACAGAAUUACAGUUAUUAGAGAUUCAAAUGUGGUUCAGUUGGAUGUGGACUCUGAAGUAAACCAUGUGGUUGGACCCCUAAAUCCAAAACCGGUUGAUCACAGGGAGCCUGUGUUUGUUGGAGGUGUUCCAGAGUCUCUACUGACACCACGCUUGGCCCCUGGCAAACCCUUCACAGGCUGCAUCCGUCACUUUGUAAUUGAUGGGCGCCCAGUGAGCUUCAGUAAAGCAGCUCUGGUCAGCGGAGCUGUGAGCAUCAACUCCUGCCCUGCAGCCUGAUACAGCAGAGCACAGCUGCCCAAGUACAAAGUUCUUUGGAGCACUGAAAUAAGCACAGAGCCAGCCAGGAGGAACAGCAACUCUUUCUUCCCACUGGAAGCUUUCAACUAGUUGAACAUGACUUAAAUGAAUCAUCAGGGACUGGAUGUUUAUUAUUUCUUACUUGGAUUUUUGCCUUGGAUCCAAAUGUCUGCAAUGGACAACAAUAGAAGGAGUGUUAAACUCACUUGUAUUGAGAGUACACUUACUUCCUGCUGGUGAAAUAUACUUUCUUAUUCUUGUUUCUAAUAAAAUAGAGGGAUUCUCAAUAAACACUGGCACACAUUUUUAAAGUGUGACUAGAUUCUCAGA